AUGGCGGUCAUCUCCAAGAUGUCAGAGGGAGGCAACGAACCUCAGGAAGACCCUAUCAGUGAGGAACUAUACCAGCCUGACAGAGAACACCAGCAGGUGGUGCGUAACCACGACAUCAGGGGCAUUCGUUCCAAUCACGCCCGGCGCCAGGCAGAGUACGCCGCUUGGCCGAGGGCUUCCUUCAACGAACGUCUCAAUCCUUACACCAGCGAGCAGGGCUCUGAUUUCGACCUGUACUCAGUCAGGGAAUCGAUCGGCUCAGGCAGGGGACGGAUCCCACUACCUCCAACUGGACCCCCUCCGCCAUAUCCUUAUGACGAGGAAGUUGAGCGUAGCAGAGGUCUCUCGCGUGGUUCGAACUCGAACGGAGAAUCUCCUGCCAGGCGCUUUUGGAAUCGUCUUCGUCGACCAGAGCGCAGGGUUCCACCUGUGGACAACGUCUCACGUCUGACUGAACAGCAGGGUCGUGCCACGAGCGACGCCCGUAAGCCUCCGCCAUACUCUCUAUUUGAGCCCUCUGGACAAAAUCACGGUGACGACGAUAGUGACUUCGAUCAAAUCGUUGAACUUGUGAGACCUGGACUCACCUUCGGCGACGAUCGUACCUUCGAUGAAUUCUGUCGCCUGAUGAGAGCUGGACGGCGUCAGGAGAGCGAUCAGCCAGCACCAGCGCAGAACCUUGCAGACAACGACAACGACGGUGACAUUAGUCAGUACUUUCAGCUUGUGAGCUCUGAACAGCAUCCAGAGAGCAUUCAGAGUCAGCCAGGUGCAAGUGCAAUUGAGGAUCUCCAAGGAGACCCUGAGCUCCCCCCAUACUCCCCUUCCGAAGAAUACGAAGGACACCUGGAAGUCGACCCGUGGGAUGGACAAAACCCGUGGGAGUUCUAUCUAGCUGCUAUCGAGGCUGCACAGAAUCCGCCGGAGGGCCAGCCAAGAACAUUCCCUGACGUGUGGGAAGUGCACCUAGAGUGGCUCCGCACUAUUGAGCGCAAUCGUGCCCCGGUAAACAGAGCCGCGCCCUGA